AUGACGGAGUCAAACAGGCUAUGUCGUGGAGACUUGGAGGAACCUCUCCAGCUCAGAUCCUAUCUAAACCUGACAAUUUCAAGCGAAGACGAGGAUUUUACGGAGACAUUAUCUAAACAGUACCAUAGCCUGAGUUUGGUUAGCAGAGAAGCUCAGCGGAAUGACUGGAGGGAUGAGCUGGGCAGGACGGAAAAGGAAAUAGAAGAUCUCAGAACUCAGCUCCUGGCUAAAGUUAGGCAUGCGAAUAUGCUGAAGACAAGACUUGGUAUCACAGCUUGGAGAGAAUUUUCUACAGAUAUCAAGGUCGGGUUGAAGAAGGUUCAAGAGUCCGGAGUAUAUCUCAAGGUUGGAGAAACCUUCUCAGAUAUCGGAGAGAGUAUUGAGGAAUUCAAGAAAACUAUUCAGAAGGACACGAUGUAUCAGAAAACUGUUCUUGAACUGGAGAAAGCUAAAGAAAAAGCUGCGACCGUAAAAGAAAAAGCAACUACCGAACUUCUUGUUGCUAAAGAGAAAACAGCUUCUGAGCUAUUGCUUGCUAAAGAGAAAGCAACAAGUGAGCUACAGAUGGUUCAGAAAAAGACGAGUGAAAGCCUAGGUUCUGUUCAAAAGAAAGCGUCUGCCAUCGUUAGGACACAGGACAUUAGAGAGUAUAGGGCAGAGGAAAGGACUGAUACAGGAGAGUAAUUGAUAUCCAAGGAUACAGAGAUGAGGUGGAUACAGGAGAGUAAUUGAUAUCCAAGGAUACAGAGAUGAGGUGGAAACAGGAGAGUAAUUUAUAUCCAAGGUUAUAGAGAUGUGAGUGGAUACAGCUAGAGUAAUUGGUAUCCAAGGAUAAAGCAAUAUGGGUGGAUACAGGAGAGUAAUUGAUAUCCAAGUAGACAGAGAUGAGGUGGAUACAUAGAGUAAUUGAUAUCCGAGGAUACAGAGGUUAGGUGGAUACGGGAGAAUAAUUGAUAUCAAGAGAUACAGAGAUUUUGGUGGAUACAGGAGACUAAUUGAUAUCUAAGGAUACAGAGAUGUAGGUGGAUACAAAAGAGUAAUUGAUAUCCAAGGAUACAGAGAUGAGGCGGAUACAGGAGAGUAAUUGAUAUCCAAGGAUACAGAGAUGAUGUGGAUACAGAAGAGUAAUUGAUAUCCUAGGAUACAGAGAUGAGGUGGAUACAGGAGAGUAAUUGAUAUCCAAGGAUACAGAAAUGAAGUGGAUACAGGAGAGUAAUUGAUAUCCAAGGAUACAGAGAUGUGGGUGGAUACAGGAGAGUAAUUGUUAUCCAAGGAUGCAGAGAUGUGGGUGGAUACAGAAGAGUAAUUGAUAUCCAAGGAUACAGAGAUGAGGCGGAUACAGGAGAGUAAUUGAAAUCCUAGGAUACAGAGAUGAGGUGGAUACAGGAGAGUAAUUGAUAUCCAAGGAUACAGAGAUGUGGGUGGAUACAGAAGAGUAAUUGAUAUCCAAGGAUACAGAGAUGAGGUGGAUAGAGGACAUUAAUUGAUAUCCAAGGAUACAGAGAUGAGGUGGAUACAGAAGAGUAAUUGAUAUCCAAGGAUACAGAGAUAAGGUGGAUACAGGAGAGUAAUUGAUAUCUAAGGAUACAGAGAUGAGGUGGAUACAGGAGAGUAAUUGAUAUCCAAGGAUACAGAAAUGAGGUGGAUACAGGAGAGUAAUUGAUAUCCAAGGAUACAGAGAUGAGGUAGAUACAGGAGAGUAAUAGAUAUCCAAGGAUACCGAAAUAUGUGGAUACAGAGAUGAGGUGGAUACAGGAGAGUAAAUGAUAUCUAAGGAUACAGAGAUGAGGUGGAUACAGAAAUGAGGUGGAUACAGGAGAGUAAUUGAUAUCCAAGGAUACAGAGAUGAGGUAGAUACAGGAGAGUAAUUGAUAUCCAAGGAUACAAAAAUGAGGUGGAUACAGGAGAGUAAUUGAUAUCCAAGGAUACAGAGAUGAGGUAGAUACAGGAGAGUAAUUGAUAUCCAAGGAUAC